AUGCCUGAAUUCGUAAAGUUCAAUUCUGACAAGCAGAGUGUCGAGGUCCCCGGCACCCGCACCGAGGGAGCCACCGGCCACUACAGACACGCUGCAUUCCCCGAUGGUCCUCUGGACUACAUCCGUCAGGAUCCCCAGAUCAAGACUCUUUAUGACCUCUUCCAGAACUCGGUCACGAAGUAUGGAAACAACGACUUUUUGGGCCACCGCCCCUACGACGCCGCAACAAAGACCUACGGCGACUACACCUGGCAGACCUACGGUCAGAUCGACAAGCGCGUCGAUGCCUUUGGAUCGGGACUGAUGCACCUCAACAGCGCCAUCAUGGGAUCGACUCAAUUGAACCGCUGGCCGGUCGGUAUCUGGGCCCUUUCCCGUCCCGAGUGGUUCAUUACCGAGAUGUCUUGUAACUACUUCAAUUUGGUUUCUGUGGCGCUUUAUGAGACUCUUGGACCGGAUGCUGUUGAGUAUGUCAUGAACCAUGCCGAGAUCCCUAUCGUCGUCUGCUCUGGAAACCAUGUGGCGUCAUUGCUGGAAAUCUCGGACAAGGUGCCUGGAAUGAAGGCGAUCAUCAGCAUGGAUUCUCUUCAGGAGGUGCCUACUGCACCUAACACUGCCAGUGCUCCCCAGGUGCUCCGGUCCUGGGCUGCUGGCAAGGGUAUUCAAUUGUUUGAUUUCGCCGAGAUUGAGGCUCUUGGUGCCCUCCACCCCCAUAAGCACAUCCUCCCCGCCGAGAACGAGGUCGCCUCCCUCUGCUACACCUCCGGCACCACCGGCCAGCCUAAAGGAGCGAUGUUGACGCACAAGAACUUUAUCGCCGCCGUCAGCAGCAACAUGGAGUUCUUCAUCCUCUCCCCCAGCGAUACCCUGAUUAGUUUCUUGCCGUUGGCGCAUAUUAUGGGAAGAUACAUCGACACGUUGUGCACAUACGGAGGCAUGCGUAUCGGAUACUUCAAGGGAGAUAUCAACACCCUCCUGGAUGACAUUGCCCUCUUGAAACCUACAUUCUUCCCCGCCGUGCCCCGACUCCUCAACCGCAUCUACGCCAAACUGAUCGCUGCCACCGUCGAGGCUCCCGGUCUUGUUGGUGUCCUUGCCCGUCGUGCUGUUGCUGCCAAGCUGGCCAACCUUGAGGCUGGGCUGGGUACUCAACAUGCUGUCUGGGAUCGGUUGUUGUUUAACAAGAUCAAGGCUGUUCUUGGAGGCAAUGUGCAGUUGAUUGUUACGGGAUCUGCGCCCAUUGCGAAGGAGGUUCUGAGUUUCUUGAGGAUUGCGUUCGGAUGUGUUAUUGUGGAGGGCUAUGGAUCUACCGAGUCCAUGGGUACCGCCAUCCUCACCGCCCACGACGAAAAGAAGGCAGGAAUCAUCGGAGCCCCCCGCUCAGGCUGCGAUGUGAAACUAGUAGACGUCGCCGACAUGAACUACCGUUCUACCGAUCUCCCCUACCCCCGAGGCGAGAUCUGUCUCCGUGGAGGACAUAUCAUCGAUGGAUACUAUAAGGAUGAGAAGAAUACUCGGGAUGCGAUUGAUGAUGAGGGAUGGUUGCAUACGGGGGAUAUUGGAACUGUCGAUGAGAUUGGGCGGUUUACGAUUAUUGACCGCAAGAAGAACAUCUUCAAGUUGGCACAAGGAGAAUACGUUGCACCAGAAAAGAUUGAGAACCAACUUGCAUCCCGCUGCAGUCUGAUCCAACAACUCUUUGUUCACGGCGAAUCGCUCGAAAACUCACUCGUGGCGAUCAUGAUCCCCGAACCCGAGACGUUCCUCCCCUUCCUCCAAGCCCAACUCGGUCUCCGAGCACCCGCCAUCACCGACGUUGCCGCAAUCACGACCCUCUGCCAAAACCCUAAAGUCAACGCCUUGAUCUUGAAGGAGCUGGGUAAGGCCGGUAGGGCUGCAGAGUUGAGAGGGUUUGAGAUGAUCAAGAGAGUGUAUCUGUCGACGGAUGCCUUUUCGAUCGAGAAUGGCUUGUUGACCCCAACCCUCAAGGUCAAGAGGCCUCAGGUCCAGAAGCAUUUUGAGGAGCAGAUUAAGGAUAUGUAUGCCGAUAUUCAUGCUACUACUCCUGUCGCCAAGUUGUAG